AUAAAAUUUUGACUGUUGUAAUCGUGGCCCAACUAUUUAAUAGCCGGAUUUUAUAACAAUAAGUCAGUCUGAAUUUGUUCUUGAGUAAAGUCUUCUAGCAAACUCAGUGAAAUAUUAAUAAAAUAAAAAAUAUGGAGUACCAAAAGUUGACAUUAGCUUUUAUAUUUUGUUUAAUUUCUGUUACGAGCGUAUUCGCGUGUGGAAAAGACGAUGAUGAAAAUAAAUUUAACGUUACUUGCUACGACAAUUCAGUAGUGGUGACAUACAAACAACAACCGGAACAUGAAGUCACCAUGUACACACUCGUUACCUCCUCAGAAAGUGAAGAUAUCGAGAAGAAAUGUACAAGAACUUUCACUGAAAAUGAGCCGGCAGUAAGGGAGUUCAAAUUUUCAACCUGUGGAAAUGGUCAUACUAAAUUCCGCGUGUAUGCAAGUGACAAAUGUCCCAGAACUGUUACCAGACGUUAUGUGGAAGUUGAUUGCGAUCGCACGGACGCGGAUUUGGGACUUCUUUUGAGUACUAUGUUGAUUAAAUCAUUUAAUAAAAAAUCAUAAAAUUAAUCCACUAUUUGGUUUUCAAAAUUUAAAUUUCCAAAGGACAAUUACAUUUAUUACUAAAUAAUAACUAUUAUAAUACGAAUUAUUCAAAAUUUUAACAUUGAUUUUGCGCUUAAUAAGAACUCUGUUUAUUUUUUAUGACAUAUAAUAUUUUUUUGUAUGCUCGAUUAAACAAUAAUUGUUAGUAGUUAAGAAAUUCAAAAGUAUGAUGUUCAAAAUUAGUCAAAUUUAGCUGAUGUAUGACUGAUUGAUGAUGUAUAA